CGGCCACAGAGCAGCCACUGGGCUGAGCGCCCCUCCUGGGAACCCCCUCCCUUGAAUGCUCUUUGAAGUGGGAGAGGGAGGCGGCUGGGGAAGCAGGACCAGAGACAGGCAGAGCUCGCACAUCUCUGCACUCACCUUGCACCGUGCACCGUGCAGCUAGCUCUCACUUUUCUCUGGAAGGACAACCUGCUGACCCUGGGUGAGGAUGGACAGCAGAUGGCAACACUCACACUGGGUUUGGUCUUUGCUGGUCAUGGCAGUCGUGGCUGGGGGUGCGGCGUCUACCGAGGCUUCGGACAACAGCCCCACAUCCAACAGCCUGGAGGCAGGUGCCGACUCCACUGCCUACUGGUGGGGGGAGUGGACCAAGUGGACAGCCUGUUCCCGCAGCUGUGGGGGCGGGGUGACAUCCCAGGAGCGCCACUGCCUGCAACAGCGGAGGAAGUCUGUUCCAGGCACAGGGAACAGGACCUGUGUGGGCACGUCCAAACGGUACCAGCUCUGCAGAGUGCAGGAGUGUCCACCGGAUGGGAGGAGCUUCCGUGAAGAGCAGUGUGUCUCCUUCAACUCCCGUGUGUAUGACGGCCGAGCAUACCAGUGGAAGCCCCUUUACCCGGAUGACUAUGUGCACAUCUCCAGUAAGCCAUGUGACCUACACUGCACCACCGUGGAUGGUCAACGGCAGCUCAUGGUGCCAGCCCGAGAUGGCACUUCCUGCAAGCUCACCGACCUGAGAGGGGUUUGCGUGUCUGGAAAAUGUGAGCCCAUUGGCUGUGAUGGAGUGCUCUUCUCCACCCACACAUUGGACAAGUGUGGUGUCUGCCAGGGGGACGGGAGCAGCUGCACCCACGUGACAGGCAACUACCGAAAGGGCAACAAUCAUCUUGGUUACUCCUUGGUGACCCACAUUCCAGCUGGUGCCCGCGAUAUCCAGAUUGUGGAGAGGAAGAAGUCAGCAGAUGUGCUGGCUCUCGCAGACGAAGCUGGUUUCUACUUCUUCAAUGGCAACUACAAAGUGGACAGCCCCAAGAACUUCAACAUUGCUGGUACAGUGGUCAAGUACCGCCGGCCCAUGGAUGUCUAUGAGACCGGCAUCGAGUAUAUAGUGGCACAGGGGCCCACCAACCAGGGCCUGAAUGUCAUGGUGUGGAACCAGAACGGCAAAAGCCCCUCUAUCACCUUCGAGUACACCUUGCUGCAGUCACCGCACAUGCACCACCUGCCGCCUGUCUAUUACAGCUUUUCUGAGGCAGCCUCAGAGAGCACGGAGAGCACUGAGCGGCAGGAGCUGGACGGAGCAGGGUUGCUGGGCUUCAUGCAGCACAACGGCUCACUCUUCCGCCAGACCUCCUCAGAGAGGCUGGGCCUGAACAGCCAGCUAUUUCAGCCUCCAGCCGCUGAGGUGGAGCUGGGCCCAAGCAGAGGCCAGGAGACCAACGAGGUGUGCAAGCAAGCCAGCGGUGGGGUCUGUGAGGGACCUCCCAGGGGCAAGGGCUUCCAAGACCGCAAUGCCACCGGGAGAGCCCUCUCAGCGGACAAGGACGACCGGGAGAUCAGCGCACAUUUCACCUCCCACGAGCUUCUCUCAGCCAACACCAUCUCCGAUCAGCUCUUGGGCACAGGCUCUGACUCAGAAGAGUUGUCACUCAAUGAGACCAUGAACAGCAUCUUUGCCCAGGGUGCCCCCAAAAGCUCCCUAGCUGAGAGCCUCUAUGUGGAUUAUGAGGAGAAUGAGGGGCCUGCUGCCUACUUGAUCAAUGGCUCUUACUUGGAGCUGAGCAGUGACAGGAUCAACACUUCCUCUGAGGCCCCAUUCCCCAACACCAGCGCCAGCCUCCCCAGCUUGGCUGGGAACCGGACUCACAAGGCGAGGACCAGGCCCAAGGCACGCAAGCAAGGUGUGAGUCCAGCUGACAUGUACCGGUGGAAACUCUCAUCCCACGAGCCCUGCAGUGCCACAUGCACCACAGGAGUUAUGUCCACCUAUGCCAUGUGUGUUCGCUAUGAUGGUGUUGAAGUGGAUGAUAGCUACUGUGAUGCCCUGACCCGUCCUGAGCCUGUCCACGAAUUCUGCGCUGGAAGGGAGUGCCAGCCCAGGUGGGAGACCAGCAGCUGGAGUGAGUGCUCACGCACCUGUGGUGAGGGCCAUCAGUUCCGCAUCGUGCGCUGCUGGAAGAUGCUGUCCCCCGGCUUUGAUAGCUCCGUGUACAGUGACCUCUGUGAAGCCACGGAGGCUGUACGGCCGGAGGAACGCAAGACGUGCCGCAACCCGGCCUGUGGGCCACAGUGGGAGAUGUCUGAGUGGUCAGAGUGCACAGCCAAGUGUGGGGAGCGCAGUGUGGUGACCAGAGACAUCCGCUGUUCCGAGGACGAGAAACUGUGUGACCCCAGCACCAGGCCUGUGGGAGAGAAGAACUGCACAGGGCCUCCCUGUGACCGCCAGUGGACUGUCUCAGACUGGGGACCGUGCAGUGGGAGCUGUGGACAGGGCCGCACUAUCAGGCAUGUGUACUGUAAGACCAGCGAUGGACGGGUAGUCCCCGAGUCUCAGUGCCAGACAGAGACAAAGCCUUUGGCCAUCCACCCCUGUGGGGACAAGAACUGCCCAGCGCACUGGCUGGCUCAGGACUGGGAAAGGUGCAAUACUACCUGUGGGCGUGGCGUGAAAAAGCGGUUGGUUCUCUGCAUGGAGCUGGCCAACGGAAAGCCUCAGGUGCGCAGUGGCCCUGAGUGUGGGUUAGCCAGGAAGCCCCCUGAGGAGAGCACGUGCUUCGAGAGACCUUGCUUCAAGUGGUACACCAGCCCCUGGUCUGAGUGCACCAAGACAUGUGGGGUAGGUGUGAGGAUGCGAGAUGUGAAAUGUUACCAAGGAACCGACAUUGUCCGUGGAUGUGACCCACUGGUGAAGCCUGUUGGAAGACAGGCAUGUGACUUGCAGCCAUGCCCCACAGAGCCCCCAGAUGAUAGCUGCCAGGACCAGCCGGGCACCAACUGCGCACUGGCCAUCAAAGUGAACCUCUGUGGCCACUGGUACUACAGCAAAGCCUGCUGUCGCUCCUGCAGGCCUCCCCAUUCCUAGCUGCUGCUGUGGUCCCUGAGACAUAAACACGCCAUCCAGGGGCUCUUCUUGGACACCUACCCUGCAGCAGAUUCUGGACUGUGAAAAUGUGACACGGGGCACAACUGACAAGAAGGGACUUUGACAUUGUGGCCUUGUCUCUGCCUUGCGUGAGAGCCUCCAGUGCCCACAGGCCCCAUCUCAGAUGGAGCCACCCUGCUGCAGGAAGCUAUACAUGCACUUCCGGGAUCCCGUGUCUGUGCCCAUCCCAGAGGGCUCAGAGUCCAGAAGCCAGAGGAGGCAGAACCUGCCCAUUUCCCAGGCCCGACUCUGAUGUGACAGAAACCUCUCAUGGUGACUUGCAGGUGACACAGGAAGGAGAGAGCCUCCUUUCUUUGGCUGUCUUGGGUAAGGAGGGGCCUUGGGUCAGCUGAGGAGCCCAGGCUGCCCUGUCUCUGGAAUACUGAAGGUACCCUUCCUAUGGAGUUAGUGCCGCUGUUCCCUCCCAGAGUUCCUGUGCCAGAUGGGAGGGACAGUCCGUGUCUCCGGGUGUCCUGCCAGCCUCCUCACUACUUACUGGUGCAUGUUAAUAAAGUGGCUGUAUUUAUGGCAGCA